AUGAUGACAUUUAAACCGGCAAAUAGAGCUUCCCUCCUGGUGUUUUUAGUAAUCUGCACAAAGCAAUGGCAUUCCAAUGGGAUUCAAGUGGAUCCUCCUAAAGAGAUUAAAAUCAUAGAUCCCGGUCAUUUUGGAUAUCUGGAGAUUACAUGGACUCCCCCUGCUAGAUUAAAUAACAUCCAAGAAUGUCCUAAACUCUACCAAUUGGAAUACUUCAAUGCAUAUGCGCAGAGAUGGGAAGGUAUUCAGACGCCUCAGAGGACAUACAGCGCUCAGUUUGAUCUGAUGAAGGACAUCCACGUAAGAGUGUAUACCCUUCUUGGUGGGCACUGCACAAACAACACUUGGGUCAAGAGCCUGAACUACACAGAAGUGGUUCAGAAACCUGGCACGGGUCAUCUGGGUAAUAUAGUGGAAAAUUUUACAUGCGUGUUUGAAAACAUGGAGCACCUGACCUGCAAGUGGCAUAAAAACCCUAAAUAUCCGACAAACUCACACCUAUAUAUGUACUACUGGCACAAAGAACUGGAGAACACAGAAGAGUGUCCUGAGUACCUCUUGGAAAAUGGAAUAAGAAUUGGUUGCAGCUUCACAGGAAAACCUCUCCCCGAUUUCACUGACAUCAACUUCUGUGUAAAUGGCUCUUCUGCAGAAGGCUCCCUAAGGCACACGUACGCCUCUCUUCAAAUCCAGGACUGCGUGAAGCCUGGCCGUGCAAACAAACCCGAUCUGAAGAAAGGUCCACAAGCCAAGUUUAAACUUAGCUGGCGGAAACCUGUGGGAAACAUUCCUGGACAUUGCCUAGAAUGGGAGGUGCAGCAUAUCAAAUACGGACUUCGUUGGAAAAAGGAAUCGACGAUAAUUCCAACAAUGGAAACUGAAAUCAGCCUGGCUUUGAACAAGAAGGUGCAAAACUGUUUUAGAAUACGCUCCAAGUUGCACAGGUAUUGUGCCAAAAGAAGCAUCUGGAGUGAAUGGAGUCUCAAGAAAUGUGAUUCAGUGGAGGGCCGUUACAUUCUUUUGCCAGAGCUGAAGAAUCCAGUCAACAUGGCCGCCAGCCCAAAGACUACGCUUCCCAGCAUGCCGCACAACGCCUCCAGGUGUGGCUGCUUAAGCCACUUAAUUGCAGCCGGCCUGGAGUGUAUAAGAGACGACCAGAUGGAGAGAAGGUAG